GUGCGCGACGUGAAGCUGAAUUAGAGUUAGAGGAAGUUUCACACGCCGUGUUGUCUGCAGAUCUAUUGCUGGUUUAUCCUGAACAUGGAGGACCCUGUGACAGAGUACACACACCGUCUACAGAACCAGGAGAAGGAGAUUCAGUGUCUCUGGGCUCAGGUGGAAAACCUGAAGAAGGAGACGGAGUUCACGUCGCCGGUGCUGGAGGAGCUCAGGGAGGAGAACACCAGGCUGAAAUAUCGCCUAAACAUCCUCAGAAAGUGUAUACAAGAGGAGAACAGCUACAGCAGCAAGAGCAUGACCAACAUCAACCAGAGGCUUCAGGAGAUCUUUGGGUGUGCCAUCAGCGUGGCUUACCCUGACCUGGAGAACCCGCCGCUCACCGUCACGCCCAGCCAACAGCCCAAGUUUGGAGAUUAUCAGUGUAACAGCGCCAUGGCCAUGUCUCAGAUGAUGAAGGGGAAAGGAUUGAAGGUGAACCCCAGAGAGAUCGCCGAGAAGAUUUCCCAGAACAUUCCGGAAAACGAACUGAUCGAGAGAACAGAAAUCGCCGGACCAGGUUUUAUUAAUGUUCAUCUCAAGAAGAUGUUUGUGUCCAAACUUCUGUCCAACUUGCUUCUCAACGGGGUUCAGCCUCCAGCUUUAGACAAGAAGAAGAAGGUCAUCGUCGACUUCUCGUCUCCGAACAUCGCCAAAGAGAUGCACGUGGGUCACCUGCGCUCCACCAUCAUAGGAGACAGCAUGUGUCGUCUCUUCGAGUAUUUAGGCCACGACGUCUUGAGGUUGAACCACGUGGGAGAUUGGGGCACGCAGUUCGGAAUGCUCAUCGCUCACUUACAGGACAAGUUCCCAAACUACCUGAGCGUUUCCCCUCCGAUCGGAGACCUCCAGGGUUUUUACAAGGAGUCGAAGAAGCGAUUCGACGAAGACGAGGAGUUUAAGAAGAAGGCUUAUCAGUGUGUCGUCCGGCUGCAGAGCAAAGAUCCGAACUUCAUCAUGGCCUGGAAUCUGAUCUGUGACGUUUCUCGUAAAGAGUUCCAGAAGGUCUACGACUGCCUGGGGAUCCGUAUUCUGGAGCGAGGGGAGUCGUACUACCAGGAUAUGAUGACCGAAGUGGUGAAGGAGUUUGAGCAGAAAGGCCUGGUGGAGUUGGAUGAGGGCAGGAAGAUCAUAUUUGCCCCUGGUAAUUCGGUCCCUUUGACGGUGGUGAAGUCGGACGGCGGUUACACGUACGACACGUCGGAUCUCGCCGCUCUGCACCAGCGCCUCUUCGAAGAGAAGGCCGACGUCAUCAUCUACGUUACAGACAGCGGACAGGCUACACACUUCCAAAUAGUGUUCGCAGCAGCCAGAAUGAUCGGCUGGUACGACCCCAAGGUCACACGUGUGGAACACGCAGGAUUCGGAGUGGUUCUGGGAGAGGACAAGAAGAAAUUUAAAACCCGCUCGGGGGACACAGUCAGGCUAAUGGACCUGCUGGAAGAGGGUUUGAAGAGAUCCAUGGACAAGCUUAAAGAGAAGGAGAGAGAUAAGGUUCUGACAGCAGAGGAGUUGAUGAAGGCUCAGCAUGCCGUCGCAUUUGGCUGUAUCAAGUACGCCGACUUGUCCCACAACCGCAUCAACGACUACAUCUUCUCCUUCGACAAGAUGCUGGACGACAGGGGCAACACUGCGGCCUACCUGCUCUACGCCUUCACGCGCAUCAGGUCCAUAUCUCGCUUGGCCAACAUCGGCGAAGCGGCUCUGCGCAAAGCCGCGGAGACGUGCGAAAUCGUCCUGGAGCACGAGAAGGAAUGGAAGCUCGGCAAGUGCAUCCUGAGGUUCCCCGAGAUCCUGCAGAAGAUCCUGGACGACCUUCUGCUGCACACGCUGUGCGACUACCUCUACGAGCUGGCCACCACCUUCACCGAGUUCUACGACAGCUGCUACUGCGUGGAGAAGGAUCGGCAAACAGGAGAGGUGGUGAAGGUGAACAUGUGGAGGAUGCUCCUGUGCGAGGCCACAGCCGCCGUCAUGGCCGAAGGCUUUGACAUAUUGGGCCUCACUCCAGUCCAGAGGAUGUGAGGCUACGAUCACGUGACCUUCCAGCCGGUUGUUAUUAUUAACAUUUGUACUGUAAACCAAAUAAAACACCAACGGCUUUAACGUG